CGCCUAGCAACUGACUUCGUUCUCAUCACUAUUGCCCGUCUUCAAAACAAUGGGUAACAUGCUCCAACUUCUCAAGCUCUCUCUCGUCCUCGGAGCACAUGUCUGCCUUGGCCAUCCAGGGUGCCAAUCGGAGAAAGUCAUCAAAUGCCUCACCGCCUCUGACGUCCCGCAAGCACUCCCUGGAACCCAAGAAUUCGCAAUAUCCUCUAGUGUUCACAACCUCCGCCAGCAGUUCACGCCCCUCGCCAUUGCUCUUCCAACUACAGUCUCGCAUGUGCAAGCCGCCGUCGCGUGUGGACGUAAGCAUGGUGUGAAGGUCAAUGCCAGAUCCGGGGGCCAUAGUUAUGCCUCGCAUGGCAUUGGUGGUGAGGAUGGCCAUCUCGUCAUUGAUCUGAGGUUCCUGAACGAGGUGGUUGUUGAUCCCGACACGAAUAUUGCGACGAUUGGGCCGGGGACGAAGCUGGGCAAUAUGGCCAUUGCAUUGGAUGCGCAAGGGAAACGGUCAAUCCCUCAAGGCAUCUGUCCCAAGGUUGGAGUGGGAGGCCACGUUCUCCACGGCGGCUGGGGCUACUCAACCCACAACCACGGCUUGUUCCUCGACUACCUAGAGGAGGUGCAGGGAGUCACGGCAAAUAGCUCUGUUGUCACCGCCUCCAAGACCGAGAACCCAGAACUCUUCUGGGCCCUUCGAGGUGCGGGCAUGUCCUUCGUCAUAGCCACGCGCUUCAAGUUCCGCACUAUUCCGCAGCCAGACGAAAUCCAACUCUUCUACAUGCCCUUCAUUUGGGCCCUGUCGGAUGCCAAGGCAGGCUGGCGCAUUUUCCAAGACUACGUCGCGUCGACAGCUAGACCCAAGGAAAUGAAUAUCAGAGUGGUGAUUGCUUCUGCUGCGGUGCUUGGGGCUGAAGGGUCCUCCAUCUUUCUGUUUGAGGGGGCUUAUCACGGCUCCAAGGCGGACUAUGAGACAUCCAUUAAACCGUUCAGGGAUGCUGUCAUGGCCCUGGGAGGAUACGCGGAUGUUUUGAACGUGCCGGAAGUUACUUCUGUCGGUUACCUGGAUUCGCUCCUCUAUGCGAAUAACAAUGCUCUGUUGAAUCUGUCGCCUGAUCCUGAGCCGCUGGAAUCAGGUAUCGACGACCAACUGCAAUUAAAUGGAUUUUACAAAAGCUUGGUGACAGAUAAACUGUCCGAUGCCACAGUAGAUCCCCUCAUGGAAGCCUUAACAAAUUCAUCUCAGACCAAUCCAAACCGGAACUGGCUCUGGAUAACCUCUGCCAUUGGCGGUCCCAACUCCGCCCUGUCCACAAUGUUUCCCGCCAAUAGCACCUCCUACUCCCACCGGUCUUCUCUAUUCCUCUGGGAAUUCAGCGACUUGGUGGACAACACGGCCACCUACCCCAACGAUGUCGGGAUCCCUUGGGUUAACCAGUUUGUGGACAUCGUGGAAAGGGAGGAGGGAAAGCAACUGGGUAUGUAUUACAAUUAUGCAGAUCCCACGAUAGGAGACCACGAGGUAGCUGGUAGGAGGUAUUGGCCAGGUAACUACGACCGAUUGGCUGAGUUGAAGAGAAUUUGGGAUGAGAGAGGUGUUUUUGAGAACCCACAGACUAUUGGACGUUCGGAUUGAGGUGAUAGUAUCAUGAGGGUCAUGAUACUAGAUCGCACUAAGCGUUCAACUAAUCAGAUAGUGACCUGACUCGUGCCUCGUUCCUUG